GAGAGUGUUCUGUGACUCUGCUAGGGGGCCUGACAGCAUACAGGAGGAACUACCAUACUGCAAGACACAGACAGAGCUGCAAGGGAGAGGUGCAGAGCUCAGAGCAGCAUGGCACAAAAGAAACACGGCACCAGCAGGCAGCAACGUACAGGGCUACUCUCCGACCCCAUCUCCAGCGUGGCACUGUCCCUCUCCCUGUCCCUCGUCCUCCUCUUUCUCAGCUCGCCCGCCUCGGCCGCCGACGAGUAUGACUACUACAGCUGGCAAUCGGACAACUUCCACAACGGCCGCUUCUACACCAAGCAGCCCCAGUGCGUGGACAUCCCGGCCGAACUACGGCUCUGCCACAACGUGGGCUACAAGAAGAUGCGCCUCCCAAACCUACUGGAACACGAGACCAUGCCCGAGGUCAAACAGCAGGCGGGCAGCUGGGUGCCGCUCCUCGCCAAGCGUUGCCAUGCCGACACGCAGGUGUUCCUGUGUUCGCUGUUCGCCCCAGUGUGUCUGGACAGGCCCAUCUACCCGUGUCGCUCGCUCUGCGAGGCAGUGAGGGACAGCUGCGCCCCUGUCAUGGAGACCUACGGCUUCCCUUGGCCAGAGAUGCUGACCUGCGAUAAGUUUCCCAUUGAUAACGACCUGUGUAUACCCAUGCAGUUUGCUGGGAGCCAGAUUACCCCUGUUCCAGCAUCUAAAACCUGUCCUCCAUGUGACAACGAACUGAAAGCCGACACCAUCAUGGAGCAUUUCUGUGCCAGUGACUUUGUCAUCAAGAUGAAGAUCAAAGAAGUGAAGAAAGAAAAGGGAGACCGUAAACUCAUCGCCGCCCAGAAGAAGAAGAAGGUCCUCAAGAUGGGUGUCCUCCGUAAGAAGGACCUGAAGAAGCUGACUCUGUACAUCAAGAAUGGAGCCAACUGCCCGUGCGCUCAGCUCGACAGCCUUGGCAGUAACUUCCUUAUCAUGGGCCGCAAGGUGGACCAGCAGCUGCUGCUCAUGUCCAUCCACAAGUGGGAGAAGAAGAGCAAGGAGUUGAAGUUUGCCAUCAAGUACAUGAAGAGUCAACAGUGUCCCACCUAUCAUACUGUCUUCCAGUGACCUCGGUGGCCUCCCUCUCAGGUGUCACCCCGUCCAAAUUUCUCCUACCACUUUCCCACCGAUCACACGGUUUCCUGGUGACACCGCAACCAUUCCAUUCACAUCUCCCAGUGGCCCCUGAUAUCCUAGUCAUAUCCCAGCUGUUUUCCCAUCCAAAUCAAUUCCCAGUUCUAUUGGUUCUUUGGCCAACUCCCUCGGCUGUCCUUGUCAUGCCAUAGUGACAAUGAGUGGCACGUACUUUGACAGAAACAGUCUGGCAUUCCCACCAGGUUACCUGUCCCCCGUCACACCCAG